UUAUAUAAUCUGCUUAUAAUAUACUGUCUCCUACAAUAUGAAGUGCGCGAUGUGCAACUCAGCUUUCAACGAUGGAGCUCAAUGUGGGUCAUGCAAGAGACAUUUGGACUUCGCUUGUGCCAACAUAUCAGAAACAGCCUACCGUAAGCUACGCUCUGAUCGUAGGGCUGCGUGGAGAUGCCCUGCGUGCAAAAGUUCUUCGCCUCACUCAUCGAUUCCCGCAUCACCUGAAUCGGCAUCUCUGGAGGUCAUCCUCAACGAAAUACGCGGAAUUAAACUUCAGCUUACCAGCUUAUCUACUCUCUUGGAGGACGUGAGGGCAAUCAAAUCCGAGAUUGCUGACCUCAAGACCGCCUCUGAGUUUAGCAGUGCGAAAAUAGACGAACAUGCUGCGCGGCUGGCCACGGUGGAAUCGAGUUUGCCUGCAGUAGCGCGUAUCCAGGAGACUAUUUCUGCAACCCAGGAGGCUUUAUGCCAAGUAAAAAACGAGUCUUCCUCUAAGGGGCAAUGGGCCCGUCUCAAUAAUGUUGAGAUAAAAGGAGUGCCCAUGAGGAAGGGUGAAAACUUAUUCUCGGUUGUGGGAGCGAUAGCUAAGAGAGUAGGAUACGAAUUUCCCAAGACGCAAAUUAACUACGUGUCGAGAAUACCUAUCCAUAACUCAAAGGAUAAAUCGAUUAUUAUCUGCUUCAUCAACCGAUACGUCAAGGAAGAGUUUGUCGCUGCAGCUCGAGCUAUGAAAACCAUAACUGCCAAUGAGAUAGGCUUCAGUGGAAAUUCUGACCGGAUCUUCGUGAACGAUCACCUGACCUCGGAAUAUAAAAAGCUCUUAACGAAGACAAAGUCAGCUUUGAAAGCUAAAGACUAUCGCUACAUAUGGAUUAAAUAUGGAAAAAUACAUGUCCGAAAAAAUGACACAUCGCAUGUGGUAGUUAUACAUACGGAAAGCGAUUUAAACAGGCUUGUAUAGACUGUAUCUUAUUUUGCAUAAU